AUGGCAGAUGCACAGCCCACGUGGAAAGAAAGAGUAGAAAAGUACAGAAAGACGGAAGAGCAGUGGAAAAGAAAGCCCCAGGGGCACGCAGAGGUGAUCUUGGAGAUAGUCAAAGAGACAUCGGUGCCUGCCCUAGAGGCCGGACUAGCAGCUAUUAUCCCAUUGGCCAAGUCAAAUGCGCUGCAUGAGUACACAAAAGACGUUCUAAGUGUGGUGUAUAAAAACAUCGCAUCAACAAAGCCAACAAUGAAGAAAAUGAUAAGAACCAUAGUAGAAUCACAGGCUAGAUACAAGCCUUCUCUUGUGGUGAUGGGCGCACUGCCGUACAUCAGAGACAAGAACCCAAAGAUAGUAGCAGAAACAGUGAAGACCCUCGCAGAUCACUCAAGCCUGCUGAAAGAGCAUCUGAUGGCACCUGUUCUACCACACGUGCAGUUCCUCUUUGGUCACAGCGUAGGGGCAGUGAGAGAAGAGGCCACUAGGCUCUUCCAGAUACUUGCGGUGGAAGACCCAGAGAGAAUCGGAGAAGCCGUUAAGUCUCUGCGGCCGAUACAAAUAAAAGAAAUAUUCCAGACACCAGAGAAUACUGAGAAGGAGGCAUCGCAGGACACACAGGAGGGCUUAAAAACAGAGAGUAAAGAGGAGAAGCAUCAGGUGCAGACACAAGAAGCACUGAGGGAACAGUCUACAAGCAGAAACAGCAGCCAAAGCAGCCAAGGAAAGGCGGGUGCAGCGGGAAACAGUGCAAUUACUAGGCCAAAUGCAGAGAGUGCUAAUAGCAGCAGUAAAGAAACAGCGGCAAAGAAGAAAAAAACAGAAGAAACAAAAGAAGUAAAAGAGUACAGAGUACGAUCACUGCCCAAUGAGUUCUAUGAAAGAUUUGCAUCAGCGCAGUGGAAAGAAAGACUGGUGAUGGAAGAGCUGGAUGAGCUACUGGGAGAGACUGGAAAAUUAAGCAGGAAUGAUACAUUUGAUGUAAUAGAUGCAGUUAUGAAGAAAACAGGAGAAAGCAACAACAAAGUGUUUAUCGCUGCCAUGUCGGUAGUGGCUAAGAUAGCGUACAGAGAGAAAGUGCAGGAGCCGCAGGCUGUGCACAUAGUCAAGGCAGUGGGGAAGAGACUGAAGGACAAGAAAGAGCAGGUACAGCAGUCGGUUACUUCUCUGAUAGUGGAGCUGCUGAAGAUGUACAAAGUAUCGGUGCUAUCAGAGCUAUCAAAUAUGGCAGUCUCUGACAAGACACUCAGACACGGUGUGCUGAAGACACUUGAAAAAGGCGUAGAGAUAGCAGGAGAAAAAGACAUAGAAGACUCAAAGACUUUUAAAGCACUGGUUGCGUGCACUAAAGACCAAAGUGCAGACAUAAGGUCUCUUGCAUGCCUGUGCAUUUCCAAGGUGCUUCUUAAGAGAGAGGAGGCACCAACGCAGGGGGAGAUAGAGCAGUACGGAGUGGAAAGGCUCUUAGCUGCCAAAAUAGAGGCGCAGACGGAAGAAAUGUUCAAACAGAAAGAUGAAGAAAUCACAGCAAUAAUUGAGUCGAUAUGCGAGGACAUAAGAAAUACCUCGAUAAAGCCUGUAGAUCCCGUCACGCCAAUAAAGCCCACAGGCACAUCGGAGCACGGGAAUAUGUGCUCCAGCCCAAUCAUCACGCAGUCGCUGAAAAAGAAGCAGGAAAUGCAGCCCACCCAGGAUAAAACACCAGAGAAUAUAUUUGCAGACUAUCCACCAGUGAAAGAAUUCGCAGCAGGAGAGACAGGUAGUAUGCACAGAGCAGAAAGAGAAGAAGAGACAGGUGCAAAUACUUUUAUGCAGUAUGUGAUGGAAGGAGUGGUUAGUGCAAAUGCGCUAUACGUGCUCAUUAGCACGCUUGGACAGAGUGCAGAGGUUGACACAAGGAUUAUAAUGGUGCUUUCUUCUGUAGAUCUAACAGAAGAGAUGGCUCUGAAGAUAAGAGAAAAAACAGAAGGAUUUGAGUGGGAGGACUCCAAAACAGCCUUGGUGGCAGAGGAGCUGAAGGCCAGAGUGAACAGGAUCAUAGGAGAAAAGAGCUCCUUCGAAGAAAAGUGUCUGUUCGCUGCGCUGUGCGAUGCUCUCAUGAAGGGAGAGAAGGUCCCGCAGGAGGAGAUCAUCAGAGCACUAGAGCUCGCAGAGAAAAGAGAAACAAUACUCAAAGAGAACCAGGCGCUGCUCAUCAUAAAGGUUGCAGGGGAGAUGGAGUACAUGGAGGUGUUUGAAAUGCUUGAAAAAGUUUUCCCAAUCUCCAAGGCGUUUACAAUUCUCAUUUCGCUCUCUGAGAACAUGCCCAUAUUCAUAAACAGCAUACACUUUCUGCUGCAGAAGGGAGUGAUUCUCCCAAACUCUUCGAUAGAGGCUGCAGUUAACAACCCUCGAUUUAUCUCUCUGCUUGAGAAGGCAGGGACAGCGUCAGCACAGAACAUACUCACCAUUCUGAAGAAAGACAAAGAGACAAUGGUCUAUUCACCGUACGCUAAAAAAAUCAGAAGAUCAGAAGACACAACCGAUAUAAAUAUUUUACUGAACGACAUCAUAGACCAGAAUAAUGCGCAGUCCAAGGAGUCUCUGAAGAAGCUAGAAGAGCUCUCUGAGGAGAGCCUCAGUUCCCUUCUGAAGAGCGCCUCUACGGUUGUAAAUGUUCUUCUUCUGCAGCUGAAUGACUCGCUCUCAUCAGGAGGGCCGAGCUUGAAUGCGAACACUAUCAUUAAAAUAAUCAAAAGAAUAUGCGAGAGCGAUGUAUUCCUAUCGACCCUUGACGCAGGCACACUUAUGAGCCUCGUUUCAGACUACAUUGUGAUCAUAACGGGACAGAUACCCAGAGGAUCAUCCUCGCCCGAGGGCAUCAAGAAAGAGUGCGGAGAAAGCCUCCUUAAAAUGUGCAUAAAUGCUCCGUUCUUGAACAUGUUCAAGAUAUACAUGAAUCUGCUGUCCAACCGGUACAGAGAAGAGAAGGUCAGAGAGAUCCUUGUGAAGCUUCUCUGGAAGCACUCGAAGAUCUCAGGGCAGGCUGUAUCAGAUAGAGGAGUGGUGACAGGAAUCCUUGCCAGACUGAACAGCUUCUACACAGAGUUCAAGGGAGACAUAAAGAGCGACCAGCUAAUUUCGAAAGUUCUGCAGCUGCACCUCAUAGAGAUCCUGAAAUACUACGGAGAGGACCUGCUCAAGCUAUUUAAAGUGUCAGGGCCUGUUCUCCAGCAGAUCCAUGCACUGGGGGGCGCGAAAAUAUAA